AUGAGCGCCCUCCGUAUCGCCAGAGCCGCCCUCCGCGCAAGGCCCGCUGCCAUCGCCCGCCCCAUCCAGCGAAGAGGCUACGCCGAGGUCGCCAACGACAAGAUCAAGCUCUCUCUAGCUCUCCCGCAUCAGUCCAUCUACAAGUCCCAGGAUGUUGUCCAGGUCAACCUCCCCGCAGAGACUGGUGAGAUGGGUGUUUUGGCCAACCACGUUGCCUCUAUCGAGCAGCUGAAGCCUGGUCUGGUUGAGAUUAUUGAGGAGCAGGGUGGCAACAAGCAGUUCUUCCUCUCUGGCGGUUUCGCCGUUGUCCAGCCCAACUCUGUUCUCAGCAUCAACGCCGUCGAGGGCUACGCUCUCGAGGACUUCAGCGCCGAGGCCGUCAGGAACCAGAUCGCAGAGGCACAGAAGAUUGCUAGCGGAAACGGCAGCGAGGCUGACAUUGCCGAGGCCAAGAUUGAGCUCGAGGUUCUCGAGAGCCUGCAGGCUGCGCUCAAGUAA